GUCAUCUGUCAUUUGAAACGAAAAGCUUCGCGAAUUUUCCGUUUGUUUUCCGUGUUGUUGUCGUAUCUCUUUUAUUGUUUACCUAUUUUAUUUAUUAAUUUUCAGUAUUUAAAAAUGAAUAGAGACAAACGAGAACCAGAAUAUCCUGUGGAACUCGAAUCUCAAUUUAUUCUCAGACUACCAGAAGAGCCUGCGAAAGUUUUACGCGAAGUUCUGAAAUCUGGUGAGAAUCUAAAAAAUCGCUUAACAAUACAAGUUGAUAACGAGAUGAGGACAGGCGAGGUAAGAUUCGACCACUGGUUAAUGCACGCUAAAAUCCUAGACCUGCCUACAAUAAUAGAAUCACUAAAAACCAUUGAUACAAAAAGUUUUUAUAAAACCGCGGAUAUAUGUCAAAUAAUGAUAUGCAAAGAAGAAGCUGACCAGCCUCUUGAAGAAGAAUCACCAACUAAAACUAAAAAGAAAGACCCGUACAAAGUAGAUAAAAAAUUCCUGUAUCCACACGGCAUAACACCGCCAACCAAAAACGUGCGAAAGCGUCGGUUCAGAAAAACGCUAAAAAAGAAAUACGCAGAAGCGCCAGAAAUAGAAAAAGAAGUGAAACGAUUGUUACGAGCUGACAACGAAGCUGUGAGCGUCACGUGGGAGGUGGUCAAAGAGGAUGACCAUAAACCAGAACCAAGUACACCUAAACCGAAACCAGAGAGGAAAAAGGCAGAACGAGCACCUAAAAAGGAGGUUAUGAAACCUAAACAGGAAACGUCGAAUGUUGUUGAUAUAUUCGGAGGCGCAGUCAGCGAUAGUGACAAUGAAGACGAUAACAUCAAUGUGGAGAUGGAGGAAAGUCGUCUAUCACCUUAUAGCCGUUUUUCUGAGAACAGCAUGCUCGGAAUGGAACAAAAAACAUACCCUGUAGAAUUUGACUCGCAAAUGUUCCCAGAAACAAAACACGCACCGAGCCAGAUGGAAUAUUCAGAAGAUGAAUAUUCUCGUGAUAAAGACAAUAUGACGUUCAGAAUAGAGCAAUUGAAAGCGGAGCUGGAUGAACUCAAACAGCGAAGGCAAAGGACUCAGAACGAAAUCUCGGGUAUUGAUAAUUUAGCGCUACGUCAGAGAUUCCAAGAAACGUUACAUACUCUAAACCAGGAUAUAAUGUAUAAGGAGAUGGAAUAUCAAGGGAUGAUCACUUUACAGAAUUCAGAUGAUAUUUAAAAGUUAAAAAAACGAUGUGUGGCACUCGGGGACAGCCGCGGUAAAGCUAUUGCAUGCUAUGCCUUCAAGCCACACCUCCGCCCGUCGGAGUGGGGAGCGUGAGGUUUUUUCGUUACGGAAUUUCUCGAUUCGGUCCCCGCGCUCAAGGCCCGCGAUAGAAGCUAUGCAAUAGCUUUAAUAAAAGUGGUUUAAUUUUAUUGUCGUAGCGAGUUAUCUUACUUGACGUAAAACUAACCAUUUGUAAAUAAUUUUAAAAGCGAAUGCUUUGUUUUGAGGGUGAAGAGGGACAGUUGGAAAACAGAUGUGUUUCUAUCAUAUUUUACAUGAUAAUGAUGAUGAAAAUUGAGUUUUUUAUGAGAUAGGCUCUUUAUAACUUCUAUUGCAUAAAAACUGUAUUGCUGCAAUAUUGUAGGUCUUAAACGGAUGAACCUGUUUUGAGUUCUAAAGAGAUAGGCUUUUUAUAACUUCUAUUGCAUAAAAACUGUAUGGCUGUUUGCACUAUUGCAAGUCUUAAACGAAUGAACCCGUUUAGAAAAAAGAAAAUAUUAUGUUUAAUCAUUGUGGGUUGUGUUUUUGUAAAUAAUAAGUCUUGUCAAUUUAGUUGAUAGGAUAGGAAUAAGAGAUGUAAUUUUGAGGAGUUAUAAUUGAAGAUUUUUGUAAAAUGUAUUUCUUUUUUAAAUUGUAAAUAUUGUAUUUAUUUUGUCAUACAAUAAUAAAAUGAAAAGCUCACUGUACAAAAAUCUUGUUUUAAAUGUAC